UUGCCCUGGCUCAGCACAAGAACAGGUUGCAUCUACAACGCCGCUCCCCAACACAAACAACCAUCACCAACCGCCAUCCUUUCCGGCCGCUAGCCAGGCGCUGCGCGUCAGCUUUUCAUCUCCUGCUCCUUUCUGAGCAGUACCGAUCAAGCGUCACCUCAUCGAACGAGACCGCCCCUCCCCCUCCCGUUUGCCCAGCAAUCCUGAAGUGAACUAUCCUCCGUUCCGGUCUUCUACGCAGCCUCGAUAGACGUUCGGACUUUCAACUCCAGAACACAGCCCGACCUAGGGGGCAAGCUCUUCCCCUCGGCUCGCCAAUGCCGGCGAGGUGCCCAACUAGGCACAAAUGGCUUCAAAUAUGGCAUGGCAGACCUUCAAUCUGCUCACAACACGAGCGGACGAUGCCGACGCUGACGAACCGGACGCUAGCCAGGCAGAGAUAUCGACAUCAUGGGCUCUCUUUAUCCUGAUUAUGCUGUUGAUCCUGGCUCUGUUUGCCAGUUACAUCUUGCAGACGAGGAGGAUACAAGCUGUGCAUGAAACCGUCAUGUCUAUUUUCGCAGGUAUGGUUGUCGGCUUGAUAUUACGACUUGCCGCCUCCCACGCCAUCCUCAGCAACGUUAGCUUUGACUACCAAAUGUUCUUUAACCUGCUGCUUCCUCCUAUCAUCCUCGCGUCCGGUUAUGAAUUGCAUCAGGGCAACUUCUUCCGUAACAUUGGCAGCAUCCUCACAUUUGCCUUUGCCGGAACUUUCAUUUCAGCCCUCGUCCUUGGAUUAAUCUUGUUCAUCUGGACUCGAAUGAAUUUGGACGGAGUAAGUAUCAACUUUGUUGAAGCCAUGUCUGUCGGCGCGACCCUCUCUGCUACCGAUCCUGUCACCAUUCUUGCUAUUUUCAAUACAUACAAGGUAGACCCGAAACUUUACACGGUUAUCUUUGGCGAGUCAAUCCUUAACGACGCCAUCGCCAUCGUGCUCUUCGAAACUGCGCAGAAAUAUAAGGAAGGGAAUGCAGACAAACGUCUGACUCCCCUAGCGCUGUUUGAGAGCAUCGGCGUCUUCAUCUUUGUCUUCUUUGGCAGCCUGGCCAUUGGUCUGCUUAUUGGCAUGUUGACCUCUCUGUUGCUAAAGUUCACGUACAUCCGCCGCUUCCCUAAGACGGAAAGUUGCAUCAUCAUCCUUAUCGCAUAUGCUAGCUACUUCUUUUCAAAUGCCAUCCACAUGUCCGGUAUCGUAUCCCUGCUCUUCUCAGGCAUAUGCAUGAAGCAUUACGCAUAUCACAAUAUGUCCCGGCGGACCCAGCUUACGACCAAGUUUAUUUUCCAGGUCAUGGCACAAUUAUCGGAGAACUUUAUCUUCAUUUACCUCGGAUUGUCGCUCUUUACCGAGACAACCCUCAUCUUCAAGCCGCUAUUUAUCCUCAUCACCGUAGUGGGAAUAUGCGUGGCGAGGUGGGCAGCUGUUUUUCCACUAUCGAGAGCAAUCAAUGCUGUGAUUAGAUACAGAGCCAGACGUCGAGGAAACACACAAGCAGAAGAGAUUCCCUAUUCACACCAGGCUAUGCUUUUCUGGGCGGGUCUUAGAGGUGCAGUUGGCGUAGCGCUCGCAGCGGGCUUGACGGGACCCAAUGGACCCGUUCUCAGAGCUACUGUUCUAGUAGUUGUCGUGCUCACUGUCAUCAUCUUUGGUGGCACUACAGCACGAAUGCUUGAAAUUCUCAACAUCAGAACCGGGGUCAUUGAAGAAAUUGACUCCGAUGACGAAUUCGACAUCGAGUACAUCCACGGCAAUGGUGCAAAUGGCACAUAUACUCGCAAAUCGGGCACAGGACUUGGCCAUAAUCCACGGCCCUCUGUCGCCGGGAACGGGUACGCACUUGGGACUCUUGACUAUGAGCAGGACGCCGAGCGGGAUCGCAAUGGAACGUACAGUUCUGGCAACCGAAGUCCGAACAAAGGGCCGCAUGCACCAGCGAGGCGAAAUUCUCAGCGCUCCAGUUCACGGAAUCAGGAUGUUGCAGAGCAAGGUCUGCUAUCACCAGCAGACACAGCCUCUCUUGAUGACGACGAUCUCGACCUUCCACCCGCAGCUCGACGACAGACGUUCGCUACGCGAAAUGCGGCUGAAGCAUCACACGGAGCAGAACCGUACCCCACGAGUGGAGCAAGGGAAACUCCCGUUGGUGCAGCAGGCAUUGCGGCUGGCGUUUUGUCUCGAGUACGUCAUGCCCCAGGUGCAGUGUCACAGCUCAUCAGCGAAAUCAGCGAAGAUCCGGCUGAUGCAUUCCGUUUGAUCGACGAGAAUUUCAUCAAGCCUCGACUUCUCCUUGAUCCUGGAAACACUCCAAGUCCCAGUCAUCAUGGAAAUGCACAUCCGCAUGGCCAACCUGGACAUAGUGGAUCUUAAUUUGCCGGCUGAGAUAUUAUACGACAUUAGCGCUUGUGUAUAUAGAUGCAAUUGGGCAGGCGUUUGGAAGGUACACGGAGAGUAGCAAAGGCAAUGCUACACUCUAGCCAGCAGCUGUGAUGUUGAUAAUCAAAAAUUACGAAUAUUGCGAUAUGUACGCAGCUUGAUCUUGGAUGAAAUUCGCGAGAUGUGAUUAUCUACGCGAGAGGAUUACGAAUGUCUUCUCCAUCACUGCUCUCUCCGU